AUGGCUUGCGCGCGCGCGCUGGGGAUUCGUUCGACUUUUCCUUGCGGCGACGACAACCGGUUUCUGUCGACUCAAGCGGAAACCGGCUCUGGUGUCUGCGCGCACGCGCUGUAUGAGCCUGCCUCGCGGAUCCGUUAAACGACGAGAGCGCGUCGGUACGGAGGCCGAGAGGAGCGGCGGCGGAAGAUCCCCACCCGUGAGCAUGGCGGCGUGCUAGAGAUGAAGACCGAAGAGAGUAGAGAGAGAGAGGAGGAAAACGCUAACAUGCCUUAAAAAACACAGAUGAAAACGCACCGUUGGAUCACGAACCGGUUGUAGGAUGGUGAGCUGAUCAGAUGUGGGCUUAUCGGUGAGCGCGUCAAUUCAGCUGUUGCGGGUGGGCCGCCGGUGGACCGGGAGGCUCCGUGAUCAUGAAGCGCUGCGGCGGGACGCGCGUCUUUGUGCCAGGCGCGGAGAGACUCGUUUAAACGCACUCUUUCGUGCUCGGCGCUGCGUGACUUUCUAUUGCCUUUUUCUAUGCGUUGUGACCGGUGAGAUGCGCGAGUAUAAAGUGGUGGUCCUCGGGAGCGGCGGGGUCGGUAAAUCCGCCCUCACCGUGCAGUUCGUCACCGGGACGUUCAUCGAGAAGUACGACCCGACCAUCGAGGAUUUCUACCGCAAGGAGAUCGAGGUGGACUCGUCUCCGUCGGUGCUGGAGAUCCUGGACACGGCGGGCACGGAGCAGUUCGCGUCCAUGCGGGACCUGUACAUUAAAAACGGACAGGGCUUCAUUCUGGUCUACAGUCUGGUGAACCAGCAGAGCUUUCAGGACAUCAAACCCAUGAGAGACCAGAUCAUCCGAGUCAAGAGGUAUGAGAAGGUGCCGGUGAUCCUGGUGGGGAAUAAGGUGGAUCUGGAGAGCGAGCGGGAGGUGUCUGAGAGUGAGGGCCAGGCGCUGGCUGAGGAGUGGGGCUGUCCCUUCAUUGAGACUUCAGCCAAGAGUAAAACCAUGGUGGAUGAACUCUUCGCUGAGAUCGUACGGCAGAUGGACUACGCAGCCCAGCCGGACAAAGACGACCCGUGCUGUUCCUCCUGCAAUAUACAAUAACCCCCCCAAACACACGCAGAACACACAUCGCUAUAGCUUUGAUAGACGUUCUGAUGUCUGCGGUUGACCAUCCUUCUGUAUCUACAGACUGACAAUGAUCUGGAGGAUUUUUGUCACUUGAAAUUCUUGUUGGAUGAGACUCAGAAGAGCGCUUGCUUUGGGUUUUAACAGAAUCCUUCAACGGGGACGAGUCAAACUUUUAUGCUUUGGGUUUAUUGUGUUGAUGAUUUCAUCUGAGUUUGUUACAAGGUCGGAGAGAGAAAGAGAGAGAAAGAAAGAGUUUAAUUCUGUCAUCAUUCACUCACCUUCGAGUUGUUCCAAAUCUGUUUACAUGUCUUUGUUCUGAUGAACACAGAGAAAGAUAUCUGGAAGAAUGCUUAUAACCACACAGAUCUUGCCCCCCAUUGACUCCCAUAGUGGGAAAAAAACAAUGCUAGUUAAAGGUGCCCCAAAACUGGUUGCUGUCCGACAUUAUUCAAAAUAUCUUCUUUUGUGUUCAACAGAACAAAUAAAAUCGAAGGUGAGUUACUGAUGACAGAAUUUUCAUUUUAGGGUGAAGUAUAUUUAAGCCUAAAUAAGUAUUUUUAAAUUGUGUAAUUAUUUAAAACUGAUGUAUUUGAAAGUUAAAAUACUUUCUCCAGUCUCAGACACACCUGAAAUUCUUAAUACUACAUCUCGACUGAUAAAGCCUUUCAGGUGAGACUCUCUGACCAAUAACAGAUAGAAGGAGUGCUUUUCAGUUUGAUGAUGCUAGUGGUGCAGAAGUGUUACACAUCAUCUUUAAGGAUUUCAUAUUAGUUGUUGAUUUAAUAGAGGAAGGAUUCCAAAAUGAUGCGUCUCUUUACUUUAAUGCUGGUGUAUAAAUCCAACUUAUUUAAAUGAUAUAACCCUAGAAAGAUUUGUUGUAACAUGUGAAAAUUCACUUAUGAUGGUGGAUGGGUUGUGAAGUUUGUAGUGAUGGUUAAGGUGCUGUCUUAGAAGAUGCCGUCAGUUGUGAGAUAUUCUUCAUUUGUGACCCUGGACAACAAAACCAGUUGACCGGUCAAUGUUUCUAAAUUAAGAUGUUGUCAUCAUUUAUUUAUCUCUAUCUGCACAGCGGGUUGAUUCGAGUGUUUUUCAUGAACUGUCUGUCUCGUUUGGUUCUAUUUUGUUCAUGUGUUACACUCCCGUCAGUGUUUGAAAUUGUGGCUUUUCCGAUCAAGUUCAAAAGUGGGAGGUCUGACGUGGAACUUCUAAGCGACUUGAAUUGAUAGGCCGUGUGUCUCUCUUCACCCGUGAACACAGAAUUCCAUCAAAAUUGAUUUAUAUUAUCUCAACAUGUCCUUUAGGGCUCAUUUGGUUCUCUCUCUUUUGCUCUCUCUCACACGUCACCAUCUCAGCGCUCUUUCUACAGUCUCAGCCCUGUUUCUUCCCAAUAUUCUGCAAUGCUUUAUGGCUGAUUAAUGCUGAUGAUGUUGUAAAUACAUUUGUAAAGAGGUUUUCUUGCUCUCCUCCUCAUGGCUGAACAGAGAGGUAAUGGAGAUGGAUGGCGUGUAUGCGUUUCAAUAGAGAGCUCUGAGUCAGUAUUCAUUUGAUAUUUUUUUAUGUGGACGUGUGCUCAACUCUCGUGAAUGACUGUAUGUUGACUCUUUUGUUCGGCACCUCAAUAAAGUGCAUCCAACACACUCAA